UGAAGCCCGACGUGCACUUAUAAAUCAUGCUCGCCUUGGUGAGAAACAUCUGGGAUGCUGUCGACCUUCUAACUUGCUUUUUACUUAUAUUUUGUAUGGGGACUCUGGAAAUUCAUGGGCAGCAGGGUGGUGGCUGUGGACACACACUGAUGGGUACCCAGAGUGGAACCCUGGCCUCACGCAACUUCCCCAACACCUACCCCAAUGGCACUCGGUGUGAGUGGAGACUGCAAGUUCCGCAGGAACGCACACUGUGGUUGGCUUUCGGUGACUUUGACCUAGAGCUAACCCCUGGCUGCAAGCAGGGCUCCCUGACCAUCAUCCCAGGCAACGCAGCACCCAGCAUAGGCCCACUGUGUGGGCAGCUCAAUGCCACCUGGAGGAGACUAGCACUCAAGAGCAGCGAGGCGACCGUGCUCUUCAUCACAGGCACGCACCGCUCCGGGCGUGGAUUCCUGCUCUCUUAUGCCACUGACCAGCAGCCAGGUACUGCCCUGGGAGCUGUGUUUGAGGGGAACUCGGAUGGCUCCCAGGAUGUGCUGAACACCCUGAUUCCCUCGGUGGUGGCACAGUACCUCCUUCUGCGGCCACAGGAGUGGCACAACCGGGCAGCGGCGCACAUCCAGGUUCUGGGCUGUCGUCUCAUCCAGCCGUGCACCGCCAACACCCCCAGGAUUGUGUCCUCCACUGUAACAGCACAUGAGGUUCCGGGCUUUGAGGAACCAGAAAUUAAUGAUAUGGAGCAGAGUUCUAGUCAGACUCUGAUGGUGGUUGUGGCUGCAGCCCUGCUGCUGGUCCUUUGUGUGUGUUUCCUGCUGGUGGGACUCCAGCUGAAAAGGAGAAAAAGCACUGCUGCUAUGAAGAACUCAUUAGUUACAGUGUGUGCCAGAUUGCAAGGGAAGAACCCAGCCCUGUCAGAAGAGCUAAUUCCGUACCCUCUGGAAAGAGUAAAAAGAGACAUCAACGACCCUCUGCCAUCCCCACCCCUCAGUGACUAUGCUGAGCCUGACCUGCUUGCGAUGGGACCAAAGCUAGGCUCCACCUUCCGGCCGACGGCAGAUGAAGAUUACGCUAUCCCACUAAUUGUCCUACACUAUGACGUUCCGGGGAAAGUCCCUGAGUAUGCCAAGCCCCUGCCCGCUGAGCCUGAGUAUACCACCCCUUUUAGCGACCAUUCCCCUGGUUCCAUUUCACUGUAUGUGCCAGCCAAAAGGAACCUGUGCUUAAUGGAUGUGGCCCCCCCCCAUCCUCCACUAGCCAGACUAAGCAAGGCGUCAUGGUGCCGCCAGAAAUGUAUGACUGUCCUUCCUACUGGAUGGCACGCAACAGCUACUGUACCUCACUGUCCCGCAAGGAGACCGUGUCGUGCCCAGAACCACAGUUAACCGACGCCCUGGUCCAGCACCCUUACUGCCAGCCUCUGUGAAGAUGGCCCAAACUAUAGGAGAGGGAUGUGCUCUCGCAGUGUGCCUGCUGCUGAUUCCCACCUGGACAAGACUGAGAGUCAUUAAGAGGAAAUAUCUGCACCACACAGGAAAGUACCAGGUGGAGGCCAGAGAAGGAACAUUGCUGCACAUCUGAUCUGCAAGGAUCUGUGUGGGAAGGUCUCAGUGUUCCAAGUCUCAUUGCUGUGUUUACAUGGACUAAUGAAUAACAUAAAAAGAGUGAGUACAGCCCGUACCCCUCUUGUUCAUAUAAGGAGUUUCUGACUGUAUGAUACCUAGCAUGCAGAGAAAAGGCACAAACUCUUAUGGUCAAGAUAGUACCUUUA